CCAACGACGCCCAAAGACGCCAGCUCCUCGUCGAGCCCGUCGCGCAAGUCCGUCGUUGCCACUGCUCUCCUCAGGUCUGUUCAUUAUGCUCGACCUCGUACUCCUGCGGGCUCUGAUAUGCCUUUCGCCUCCUCGCCUCUGUCCGCGCACUUUCUCAGUUUCGUUAUUGUAACCCGCGAACGACGACGCUGCCAUGUCCUGGCCUGCUCCGUAUCCUCCGCCCCCGCGGCGCUCGCGCUCGCGCUCCCCUGCGCGUGGAAUGGCGUACAAUGGCGCGCGUCCGCCGUUCCCGGAGCAAUACCCACCCCCGGACUUCGACCCUUAUUACGAGAGGGAGCGCUCCUACGUGCCGGGCGCGGCGCCAUACGACCGCCCACCCUACGAAUACGGUGGCAGGCGCAGGAGCAGGAGCCCUGGAGGGGAUGAAUCUCGCAAACGCCGCCGCUCCGCGUCUCCCUACGAUCGAGACCGGUAUGAGCCAAGGCCUCGGUAUGCGGAUGACUAUGACACGCACUCGCGUUCAUAUGACUACGGGCGCCGCGGGUACGGGGGCGGCCGUCGUCCGAUGGACCCUCGCACGGCCGACUAUCCCGUCAGUCUGAGGCAGUAUGCGGAGUGGUUCCGGUACACCUACCCCGACGAUGCUGCCGAGGAAGACAGACUGGACAAGGAGGCGGAAGCGGAAGCGGGUGACGGCUCCAAGCCGCGCAAUGGUCUCAGAACCUUGUGGGAGAAGUACAAGAAGGAGUUCGCCCAGAAUCAGUUGCAAAUCAUGUUCGACCACCACAAAAAGUCACCCUGGUUUGCCGAGAAAUAUGAUCCGGCGCCCGAGUUCGAGCAGAUGCGCCAGCGCCUGCGCAAGGAAGGCUGGAAGGGCAGGCUAGCCGCCUUCCUUGACGACCUAGAAGCGGGCAAGUAUGAUCCAGAAACCAAGGAGCCCGAGCCCACGUCGCCUACUACGAAAGAGUCCGUGAACGGGGACGCUGAGAGCAAGGCGAAGCCUGAGGCAAAUGGCGAGGAGGACUCGCACUUCCCAAUGGACACCGAAGAGGACGCUGGUGAAGACGCGAACCGGAACAAUGCCAACGGACAGAGCGAUGCGGGGAAGCGUCCGGACCAGCGUGAUGAGCUUGAGGUGCCCAUCGAGGGUAAUCAGGUCAUGAUCCGGACUAUUCCGCCUGACAUUGGGCGCACGAAGCUGGAGGAGAACAUCUGUCAUCUCCACGGGUACCACUACCUGGCUUUGGGUGAUCCCUUGCAGAAGCGCAACUUCUAUCGUGCAGGCUGGAUUAGGUUCACCGAGGAUGCUGACAUGAGCACUAUCAUGAACGAGCUGAUCGACAAGAAGAUCGACGGGUUCAAGCUUCAUGUUACGCACAACCAGCGUCCGUUCACUGGCAAGAUUCGCUACGCUCCGGAGGUCGCCAGUCGUCCCGCACGCUUGGCGAAGGACCUAGCGAGCGCGCGCCACCUGGCGUCCUUGCUUGAGGAUCAGGCUGCUACGCUGCGCGCUCUGAAGGUCAAGAAGCCCCAGCCCCCGAAGCCUGAGGGUGCGCCUGCGGAGGGCGACGAGCCGCUGCCUGAGCCGGAGUACGACGAGGAAGAGGAGGAGCCGAGAGAGCGCGGGACAGACGCAGUCGAACGCCGCAUCGAGACCAUCAUGCAGAACCUGCAGGAGCAGGGCCUCGUCGACUCGAGCAACGAGAAGGCGUACGAGGAGAAGAAGGUGGUGGUAUCGCUGGACCUGUCUAUUGCCUAUCUCAGAGCAGCUUUCAAUACGUGCUUCUACUGUUGCGUUGUGACGGAUCAUGUUGAGGAAUUGCAGCGGAAAUGUGUGAAACAUGAGCGGAAGCCGCUGAGCGCGGCGCUUGUGGAAGAGCUCAAGGCCGAGGAGGCUGAGAAGGAAGCGCAAGCGAAGAAGGCGGAGCAGGGCGGCGACGAGGCGAUGGAUGUGAAGGAGGAGGGCGGUCAGCAGGAGGGCGAGGAGAAGAAAGAGGAGGGCGAGGGGGAGAAGAAGCGGGAGAAGAGGAAGGAUGGGGGAAGGGAUUGGAAGAGGAAUGACGAGAGGUGGUUGGAGUGGCACGACUCGAAGUUCGCGUUGCUGGUUAGUAGGGACGAGGUUGACCCUCGCGAGUACGGCGGCAAGAACUAUGACGAGGAGCUCUCCAAAACCGUUGAGCCGUACAUCAAACGCGAGGAGGAGCACAAGUUCCGUUGCAAGUCGUGCCAGAAGCUCUUCAAAGCCGCCACCUUCGUCGAGAAGCACGUCGCCAACAAGCACCCCGAUCUGCUCAAGCCGCUCGAGGAGCUCACCUACUUCAACAACUUCGCCCUCGACCCGCAUCGCAUCCAGCCCUUCAGCCAUCCGCCGCCUGUCUCUGGUAACGCGCCGCCACCGCAGGCUUUCGGUUUGCCAGCUACCGCGCAGUACGCCCAGCAGCCAGACUACACGCGCGGCGGGUACCCAGAUGCCUACGGCGCGCCAGCGCCGAUGUACAUGAACGGUCGCGGCGGGUACGACAUGCCCCCGUACAUGGGCGGCGCGCCAGGCUUUGGCGCCUUUCCGCCUGGCCCUCCAGGUGGUGGUCGGCGUCUGGCAGAGCGCGUUGGCGGGUAUGCAGAGCCGUCGAUGGGUCUGCCGCCGCCUGGUCCUGGCCUGCCAGCGAAGCCGAUGCAUCUACUGGAGGGCCCGUUGAUGGCGGGCAAUGUGCCAAUGAACGGGGGUAUGGGUGGCGGACGGAGGGGUGGGCGCGGGGGUGGGCCGUUGGGUCCCCCGCCGCCUCCUCCGCCGGAUGCGAAGGAGGAUCCGCGCGCGGCGAGGGGUGCGAGGGUCAGCUACCAUGACAUGGAUGAGGUGGCUGAGGGCGACAUUCAACUUCAGUACUGAUCGGGCGGGCUUCGAUGCUUGUUAUACUUAUCGGCUUGGUGUGGAGGCAGCUCGUUCUUGAACAACAUACAUCUUGGUGUCCGUCGACGUAGUGUUGUUUUGUAUAGCUGAACCGGUGGACGACCUCAUCUCGUGUGCGAAAUAUACUGACCUGUUGUCGGCUUGAAAA